AGUCGUUAAAUGACGCAGAGGAAGAAAGCUUUUAGACUGCGAACUUGGUUUGACAACAAGCUUUUAAGUUUCACUACAUUUCCAUCAGUGUGUCUCUUGGUGUGAACCAUGUCUAAACUGAUGAGAGCCAUUCGCGUGAGCGAGUUCGGUGCCCCGUCUGUCCUCAGACUUUGCUCCGACGUGGAGGUUCCGCAGCCUGGACUCAAACAGGUUUUGAUACGUGUCCGUGCUUGUGGCGUCAACCCAGUGGAAACGUACAUCCGUACUGGGACAUUUGCUCGGAAGCCCAACCUGCCUUACACACCAGGCACUGAUGUCGCUGGAGUGGUGGAGUCUGUUGGAGCAGACGUGGCUUCAGUUAAGGUGGGAGAUCGUGUUUUCACCUCAUCAACAGUCUCUGGAGGUUACGCCGAGUUCACUGUUGCAACAGAUGACUGUGUGCACAAGCUGCCUGACACGAUGGACUUCAGUCAGGGAGCCGCCAUCGGGAUUCCGUACUUCACCGCUUACAGAGCUUUGGUUCAGAAAGCUCACAUCAAACCCGGGGAGAGUGUCCUGGUCCACGGAGCCAGUGGAGGGGUGGGUGUGGCAGCCUGCCAGCUGUCCUGUGCUCUCGGCCUGCGGGUCCUGGGAACAGCAGGGACCGAUGAGGGAAUGAAGCUGGUUUUGAACAACGGCGCUCAUCUGGUUUUUAAUCACAGAGAGGAAGGCUACACUGAAAAGAUCAUGAACGCCACAGACGGCAAUGGCGUGGAUGUUAUCGUAGAGAUGCUUUCAAACGUCAACCUCAGCAAUGACCUUCACAUGCUCAGCAAUGGAGGACGAGUUUUGGUCGUGGGCUGCAGAGGUUCCAUAGAGAUCGACCCCAGAGACACCAUGGCUAAAGAGAAGAGCAUCAUCGGAGUCUCACUUUACAAUGCUACUGCGUGUCUUGUGCUCAAUCAUGGCAAUAAACUCCUGCAGGAGGAGAUGAAGGAGUCGGCUGCUCUCUUCUUCGCUGGGAUGGAGGGGGGUUGGCUGCGACCAGUGGUGGGGAGCCAGUAUCCACUGGACAAAGCUGCUCAGGCUCACCAUGACAUCAUCGAGUGUCCUGGAGCCGCUGGAAAGAUGGUGCUGACCAUCUGAUUAUGAACGAGACGGUUUCGACCCGCUAACUUCAGUGUACAGAACACAGUAUGAAGUCAUUUCUUUUUUGUCGGUUAAUUGGUUUUUAAUAUUACUGACAGCAGGUAUGCUCCACUUAGACUCCGUGAUUCGAGGAACAAUCGUAGAGAAAUUGUAAGAAAUGGAAACGGUAUCUAUAAAAUA